CACGUCACCUACAUUGUGUAAUUGCUAUUCUAGAUACUCUCAUAAUACGAGAGUUUACCUUUUUGUUUCUGACUUCAAUUAUAGAUUUCUUCAUGACGGAUACUUUUUAUUUAGGAUGAAUAGUAUCAUUUUGGAAGAGUUCUUUUUCAAAAAGUCUCAGCAAAAGCGAAGAACCUCUCCCUGCAAUUAUAAAGAAAGAUAUUUCGUUUUAAGUAAGGCUGAAUUGGCGUACUUUGAGCAUCGUCCUGGGAAAAAGCCAAAUUUGAAAGGCGCCAUUGAUCUAUCAAGAAUCAAAUGUGUGGAAAUUGUAAGAAGUGACAUCUUGAUUCCAUGCAACUUCAAAUACCCCUUCCAGGUUGUCCAUGACAAUUAUUGCUUGUACGUGUUUGCCCCAGAUAAAGAUAUCCGACAGAAAUGGGUGUGCGCACUGAAGGAAGAAACGAAGAACAACAACACUUUAGUUCCGAAGUACCAUCCGAAUUUCUGGGUGGACGGCAGGUGGAGGUGCUGCUUUCAAACAGAUAAACUGGCUGCAGGAUGCCUUGAAUACAACCCCAAUCAGAACGCCUCCAAAAAGCCACUCCCUCCCACUCCAAAAGACACCAGGAGGCUGUUUUCUGAUCCGGGAGAGCUGGUGGUAGUUGCUCUUCAUGAUUUCAUCCCCCAGAGUGCCCAGGACCUGAUGUUGUACAAACAGGAGGAGUACAUUAUUACAGACCAGUCCGAUCCAAACUGGUGGACUGCUCAAGAUAAAAACGGAGACACAGGGUAUAUCCCAAGCAGCUACGUUAUUGAGAAGUCACCUGACAAUUUAGAGGCACACGAGUGGUACAACAAAAACAUUACCAGAGCAAAAGCUGAACAACUGUUAUUUAAUGAGGACAAAGAAGGUGCUUUCAUGGUGAGGGAUUCCCGGCACGCUGGACUGUACACAGUGUCUGUGUUCACUAAAGCACACGGUUCUAAUGGCGAAAACAACCCCAGAGUGAAGCAUUACCAGAUCAGAGUGACCACGUGUGGGGAAACAAAGUUUUACUUGGCAGAAAAAUAUACCUUCAACUCCAUCCCAGAACUGAUACAUUACCACCAGCACAAUGCAGCAGGACUCAUAACAAGGCUAAGGCAUGUGGUGUCGUCGGGGAGGGAGAAGGCCCCAAUGACGGCUGGCUUUAGCUAUGGUGUGUGGGAGAUCGAGCCCUCUGAAUUGAGUUUCAUACAGGAGGUGGGAAGCGGCCAGUUUGGAUUGGUUCACUUAGGCUACUGGCGCAAUGUUAAUCACAAAGUGGCCAUCAAGAUGAUACGGGAAGGAGCCAUGUCAGAAGAGGAUUUUAAAGAGGAAGCCCAAGUUAUGACUAAGCUGUCUCACCCCAAGCUGGUCCAGCUGUAUGGAGUGUGCACCCAGCAAGCCCCCAUGUGCCUGGUGUUUGAGUACAUGGAGUCCGGCUGCCUGUCUGACUUCCUGCGCAGCCAGCGAGGCAGCUUCUCCAGGGAGACUCUGCUGGGCAUGUGCUUGGAUGUGUGCGAGGGGAUGGUCUACCUGGAGAGUGCCAACUUCAUUCACAGAGAUCUGGCUGCAAGAAAUUGUUUGGUAGGAGAAAAUCAAACGGUGAAGGUGUCAGACUUUGGGAUGACUAGGUUCGUCCUGGACGAUCAAUACACCAGCUCCCUUGGGUCGAAGUUCCCAGUGAAGUGGUCUGCGCCUGAGGUCAUCCAUUACUCCAAAUUCAGCAGCAAGUCUGACGUCUGGUCCUUUGGUGUUCUCAUGUGGGAAGUGUACAAUGAGGGUAAAAUGCCUUAUGAGAACCAAACGAAUGGAGAAGUGGUGAAGGCCCUCUCAUCAGGGCUCAGGCUGCUGAAACCCAAACUGGCAUCCAAUUUAAUUUACCAGCUGAUGGAGUGGAGCUGGAAAGAGAGACCAGAAGAUAGACCAUCCUUUACACUUCUCUUCCAUGAGCUGGCAGAACUGGCUGAGCUUUGAAAAAGUGAAAGUCCUUUCUACAGUAGGCGUCCGAAGCAGCGAGGCAUCGUUGACACAAUCCCUGUGUCCUGAUUGAAAGUCACCCGUUUUGCUCAAUUAUCAACUCUGUCUGCAUUUAUUUCUGAACGGGUGCAAAAGAAAAAAAUAAUCAAGUGCAAAGUUUGCUGGGGAUUCCACAGACAGCGUUGCAUUGACUCUGGGUAUCCGCAGGUUAAGGAGGCAAAAUCAGCAGACACUAUUUCACCUCACUGAGCUACAGCGGCCCCUACUGGUGAGCUCAAAACAGACGCCUGCAGGUCUGGCCUUUGUCAUUCAGGGGCUGGUAGCUCACUGACAUCCUCUGUGGAGCUCCUGGGUGUAAAGAGACAAUUCAUUGCCCGGUGGGAUUGGAAAACACCCACCGACCUUCAAUUCUCCUAAGCUUUUGUGGGGCUAGCUACAUUAAGGGAAUAUACUUGGACAUUCUAAAUUUGUAGGUUUAAAACAUGAAUUCUGAAGAUUUCUAAUGCAGAUUUAAUAAUAUAUUUCUGAACUUUUUUCAUACCUGACUACUCCCUGGUAGAUCAUUAGAGACACGGACAGAAAGAUAACAAACAGUUCACCAAAUUGAAAUUCACUAACUUUGUUUCUUUUUAUACACACCGCAUUAUUAAUAAUAAUAAUAAUAAUAAUAAUAAUAAUAAUAAUAAUAAUAAUAAUAAUAAUGAUACAACUCUCAACUCUCACUAACUGUGACUUAAUUCUAAAAUUAAUAAUAAAUGACAGUCUGUCAAAAGAUUACAUUAUGAAAGCAAAAAUGCAAAAAAAAAGUCACUGUUGAUGCAAUAUAAUGUCAAUAUUCUAACAGCUUGCCUGUGUCCUUGAUUUUGCAUUAUUCAUGUUGCUCAAUACACCCCUGCCUAAGUUCUCAAAGCUGCAGGCAGUUCAAUCUGUCAGGCAGGCCCACUUCGUUCUGUAAAGCUCAGUAAUUGCACCCCGGGCUCUGCCCCCGUUUCAUAUCCAUGCUCACUGCAGGGGGUACGUGCCAUACUAGAGGUAGGCGUGGAUUUUUUAAUUUGUGGAGCUGCUGGGUGGUGCUUUAGGCAACUGAUUUAUUUGUGACCCAGAAUUCUUUCAUGCAAAAAACACAUGCAAAACAUGUCAUGCCCACUGCAAAAUGACUGCAACGUUAUGCAUGAUCCAAAAGAGAACAAGGAACUGGGGCUUUCAGCAGUGGCUCUAAUACAUAAUUAAGUUGAGUGUAUCUUUGUAAUUAAAAAGAGAUGAGCUUUAUCAUAACAAGACUAGUAUAACAGCAAAAUAAUUACUUUGUUCUGUUGUAAUGAAAAUCCAAGAGUGAAAAAAGCAAGGCAAGGGUGUAUUGUCAGGUUUGGAGCUUCAUCGGCUAGUUUCACAGACCCUGAUGAGAUACUAUAUCUUAAUUUAGAUAAAGUAAUCCAAGCACAUUCUUCUUGCAUCAGCCUGCAUCUCUAUUUUAAACUUAAAAAGGAAACAGUGAAGAGGUGCAAGUCAUUGCUUGCAUUCAUUUCUUACUAUGAAACAAGUUAAACAAGUUUGAAUGGUUCAUAAUUUGCAUACAAGCUUGUAAAACCGCCUUGAAUUUAGAAAUUAGGUAGACAAAUGUCAUUUAUUUUAAUACUUCAUUUUGAGCACUUAAUGUAUAAACUGUUGAAAUCUUGACUUCUAACUUGGGGCAUAUUAAUAUUGCAAGUUUCUGUCUGGCAAUAGUUUCAGUUCUAUAACUGAUAUGCAAUACUAGUACACUGCCUAGAAAAGGAAGUAUGGCAUGUUAUGUACAAUGUCAGACCCUAAAAUAUACUUCUGUGGUUAAGUUCUUGCCUUGUUUUGUAGAUAACCUGUUAUUUAUAUAUUAUACGUGUAUAUACAAUACAAUAUAUUAUCUUUUUGUUAUAUUAUUAAAGUUUAUUAUAUGGUAUUUAUGCAACAUAUGCAUUUUGUUUGACAGAUUAACUUGAAUCAAUCAGGGAUGUUGUUUAAAAGAUUGUGCAGUCCUAUGCAUUUACUGGCACGCUAUUGCUUUCUGUAUACCAAGUAUAGGUUAUGCAUGCAAUGCCUUGGCUUACAUUUAACAAGAGAGAUUGGUUUGGUGACACUGAUCUCCAUGAAGUCUUAUUCUAAAAAUGUUAAUAUUUUUAUAUGUGAUGGGCCCAGAACAGUGGUGGUUUAGUAACACAAGGGUUCAGUUUUGCCCCUUGUUGUAUUGAGCAGUGAGUUGGCAUGUUUGCUGAAGCAUAUUGUGUAACAUGACCUGAAUUAACAAGUGAAGAACUGAAAGAUUUGCUGCCCAGUAAUAAUGAGUGCUCUUCAGUUCCCUGCCAUAGAUGCAGGUCAGAUCAGCCAAAGUGUCUUUUAUGUUAGUAAGCGCCAUCUAGUGCAAAAGUGAUCCAAAGUGGCAAACUAGAUGGCGCUGUCUCUUUCUUCUGUAAAAUACUUUGGCUGAUCUAGCCUACAUGACAAAUAUCUAUGGCAGACAGCAAGAACUGAAGAGCAGCCCUUGAAUUUGGGUGAAAGCACCUUGACACAGCCUUGGCCAAAAAAAUAAAAAAUAUAUAAAGAAUAAUCAGAAAAAAACGCUAUUUGAGUAAUUGUAAUAACCAAUCAAAAUGAUUGAAAAAACAUCAUAAAAAGGUAAGAGGACUGUUUAAAAUAAAUAAGUAAGCUUGCAUUAAGUUACUUACUGAAGUAUGAAAAUGAAAGUAUGAAAAUUGAUUCAUUCACCCGUGUGCAAUGCACUCCCCGGAGACUGCUGUGGAUCCAACCACUCCCCUGUUCUGGGCCCGUAUGUUACCAGCAAUGAAAGUGCUUGCAUGUUAAAUUCUCUAAUUUCAUAAAUAACUGUAAAACAAAAUAUUAACCAUGUUUUCAUAUUUGCUUGUAUGUAAGGACGAUCUGUUUGAAAGUGUGUAGUGCAGUAUUUUGUAGUGCAGUACUGCUGUAUAUUGUAUUUUCUAUAUUAAAAUGUCAUGAUGCUAUUGUUGCCCAUUGUCAUUAUGAUAGUUUCAAAGAAACAUGCACAUUAUUUCAAACUAAUUUAAAUAUUACAGUUUUAACACAUGAAAUGUAAUUAAAAAUCACAACUGCAGCUAGAAAGCCUUUCUUCCACAAAAUGUUUUCAUCAGAUGUUAUCAGAUAGUUAUUCUGGUCUUUUUUCAGCCCAAGUAAGACCAAUGUAAAUCUUGAUGUCACCUGCUCCAUGAAGCUCUGCUGUAGCUCACAAAUAAAGGCAUAUCAUU